AUGGCGGGAUUCUCAACGUCAUCCAUCUCACAUAAUAUAGAGCAAACACGAUUCAGAUCUAAAAUGCCAGGAAAAGAAGAAAUGGAAGUAAAAGGAAAACGCGGGAAUAACCGUAAAUCAGGAUGGCCAUCUCAGAACAAGCCUAAUAUGUCUCUUGGAAUCACUGGAGACAAGAAUUUUUCAGGAUCCUCAAUACCAUCUAAUGUAUUUAAAUCAGGAUCUUAUCGUUCCCAAAAAACGCCAACAACAGAGGCUUUGCAUGCCCAAAACAAAGGUUUUAAUAGUUCUGAAGUAUCUGCCUAUCUUAAUAGAGAAUGGAAAUCAGCUUUAGAUCGAGCUAAUGAUUCAGCCUAUCAAGCAAAAAAUAAACCAGAAAUUUAUAAAAUGACAGAUAAUGAAUGGAUGACUAAAAGUGGUUCUAUUACAUCAGUAUGGGCUGGUCGAGGUCAUUUGACAGUAAAGGGAACGACUUUUUUAAGUGAACUUCGAAAAAGUGUUUUAUCAAGCCUAUCAAAUAAUAUAACGGAACCCAAAGGCGGAUAA